AUGGGGCUGCAGCAGCAGCAACAGAGGCCGGGGCGGCAGCAGCAGCAGCAGCGAGCAGAGACUCAUAGGCGGCAGCAACAAGCGCUGCAGAGGCAGCAGCAAGCAAAGACUCGGCAGCUGCAACAGCAACAGCAGCAGCAGCAAAAGCAGCAGCAGCAACAGCAGCAGCAGCAAGUUUACCUAAUUCUUUUGCCAGCUCAUCCAGCUGAUUUUUAA